AGAGCCGGGAAAACAUUCCCGCAGUCUCCGUUGGUGUUAUUACUUAUAUGUCCGUCAAUCCGAUCGGCUCGUGGAGGGAGACAGCGGGAGACGUUAGAAAUGCUGCAGUGUAUUUUUCUUCUGUCCGAUUCCGGGGAGGUAAUGCUCGAGAAACAGUUAACUGGGCAUAAAGUGGAUAGGUCCAUAUGUGCUUGGUUUUGGGAACAAACCAUUUCUCAGGGCGAAUCAUUUAAGCUUCUACCAGUUAUUGCAUCACCAACACACUACCUUUUCCAAAUUGUUCGUGAGGGGGUCACAUUCUUAGCAUGCACACAGGUCGAGAUGCCACCUUUGAUGGGAAUUGAGUUUCUUUGUAGAGUGGCAGAUGUCCUUGUAGAUUAUCUUGGAGGCUUGAAUGAAGAUCUAAUCAAGGACAACUUUGUUAUUGUUUAUGAGCUUCUUGAUGAGAUGAUAGACAAUGGUUUCCCUCUCACAACAGAACCAAACAUCUUAAGGGAGAUGAUAGCUCCCCCAAAUAUUGUUAGCAAAGUGUUGAGUGUUGUGACUGGUAACAGUUCCAAUGUGAGCAACACCCUUCCAGGUGCAACAGCAUCUUGUGUCCCUUGGAGAACAGCAGACCUGAAGCAUACAAGCAAUGAAGUCUAUGUCGAUCUUGUUGAGGAAAUGGAUGCAAUCAUAAGCAGGGAUGGCAUCCUUGUGAAAUGUGAAAUAUAUGGUGAAGUUCAAGUGAACUCCCAUCUCUCAGGUCUUCCAGAUUUGACUCUCUCAUUUGCUAAUCCAUCUAUUCUGAAUGAUGUGAGAUUUCAUCCUUGUGUUAGAUUUCGACCAUGGGAAUCAAAUCAAAUUCUGUCUUUUGUGCCUCCUGAUGGGCAGUUUAAGCUCAUGAGUUACAGGAUUAAGAAGUUGAAACACACUCCUCUAUAUGUAAGACCUCAGUUGACGUCAGAUGCUGGAACAUGUCGUCUCAGUGUAUUAGUUGGAAUACGGGAUGAUCCUGGGAAGACAAUCGACACUGUGACAGUGCAUUUUGAGUUGCCUCCUUGUGUUGCUUCAGCAGAUUUGACUUCAAAUCAUGGAACAGUGAACAUCCUCGCUGACAAGACCUGUUCCUGGUCCAUCGGGCGGAUUCCAAAAGAUAAAGCCCCAUCUAUGUCUGGAACCUUAGUGCUGGAGUCGGGUUUGGAACGGUUGCAUGUUUUUCCAACAUUUCGGGUUGAUUUCAAAAUCAUGGGUGUUGCUCUCUCAGGCUUGCAAAUCGAUAAACUAGAUCUCAAGAACUUACCAAGUCCCCCAUACAAAGGUUUCCGAGCUCUCACACGAGCAGGAGAGUAUGAUGUAAGGUCAUAAAUCCACUCUCAUUUAAGGUGUGCUUCCAGGAUCUGCUGCUGCUUCUUAAUGCUUGUCUGGAUUCAGAUAUGAUUCUUUGUUUCAUGCUAAGUAUGAAUGAGGCAAAUAUCUAUGGGAUUCAUUGUACUACUACACUUUACAGUCGCUAAGAGUUCAGAGGACAAGUCUUUAUGCUUAACUGUGCAACUCUCUUGCUGACUCAGCAACCUAGUUGUUAUAUUGUUGUCAAAACCAUAGAUGCUGUCCAUGUUGUCGCAUUCUAGAAGGAAGCAAGUAUGAUUCACUUUCUUGAUUUACUUUCUUUUUUGUUGGUUUUCCUGUUUAUUGUUGAUACUAAAAUAUAUAAAUUUUUAGCUUUUGUAUUCACUAUCAAAUUUGUGCAAUACUACAUUCAUUGA